AUGUUCCCCAUCGAGACGUGGACUGCCAUUGUGGAGUCUGUGCUUGACUAUGGCUUCUCAUCGACCGUCAGCGACAUCUCUCUCCUUUCACGAUUCUUCCGCCCUAUCGCGCAGCGUGUUCUCUUUCGUUCUGUCACAAUUUCAGAUAAUAUUCCUCGCAGAGAAGAACCCCAAGCUAUGACUCGUUGGUUAAACAAUAUUCUCAAUUCUUUCGAAUCAAACCAGGACAUACCAACAUAUAUUCGGUACCUCACCAUUGUUUGCUCCUCCAACAGUGGCCAGUGGAUCGCUCACGAAGAUUUCGCCAACAUCAUAACGCAAAUAACCCCCGGAAACCUAGUCGCCCUUCACCUUUCCUCUAUCAACCCGUCUGGUUUCCCUGCGGAAUGGUUGACCCCCCUGUUGUGGUCACACCACGGGAACUAUAUCGAAACCUUGACGUUCGACAACGUCACCGCCAUUAAUUUAGACCAUGUCCGAAGACAUUGUACAAAUCUUAACGCCCUUCAUUUGUAUGGUAUCGAUCCCGAAUUCGAUGAUACCACAACCCUCAGUCCUCCCAUUCCUCUCCGACAUUUAUCAUUCAGCAUUCGCACACGAUCUCGUCCUCACUUCCCUCGCCUUCACACCUCUCACGCUCGAGAGUUUCUCACUUCCUGCGUAGUCUUCAACGAUCUUCGUACCGCCGUCCUUUCCACUUCAUACGCCAUGGAGAUUGAGGUCUUAUCCCUUGUCCUGAAAGAAUCUCCUGUCCUGGACAAGUUGACGUUACAACUGUUCACUUAUAUUGACAUUCCUCGCUCUAAUUUCCAUGACCUCGCUUCCAUUCACAAACAAGUCAAGCACCUUCACCUCUUCGGCCUGAUAUCCCCGGGAUCGCUCAGCCCUAUUUUCCCAGUAAAGCCGUUCGCAACUGCACUAAACGUCCUUGAGAACGACUUUGUCAAGGAAAUUACCAUUGAAAUACGCUGGGUAUUCGAUUCUGACUUCUUCACUGUUAUCGAUGCCACAGAAGACUGGUCCUCAAUCGACACUCUCCUGGCCUCUCGCAAGACGGAUCUCGCCGUCACCCUUCAUUUUCAUUCCAUGGCGGCCCUCGACCCUCUCUCUUGGCACCAGGGCGUCGUUAAUCGCUUGGUCCAUCACCACCAUUUCCAUGAUAUCGCUUUGACCUUCCAUCCGACCAAAUUCCACCUCGACCAACUCUUCAAAAUGCAAUCUGCGUCGAUUCCUCAGCUUCCCGUCGAAACCCAGCUUCCGAUCGAAACCCAGGCCCGCGGGCAACUCCAUGUACACUUCCUUGCAUGGUUACCUAUGCCGUAUCCAGCCCUAUCAUCCAUGGAUGAUUACACGCAGCUCGAUUCAAACGACGCCCGCAGAUUUGCUUACGUUUACCGCUAUGCAUCGCGCAUUAACCUUGGUGCCCAUUUCUCCUUUCUUCCAACCACCCAGAGCCUUGCCCCGGUGCUGGUCUCUCCCCACCCACGAAUCGUCAACGUCUAUCGGCUUUUCCAGACACCACCUUUUUACUUGAUACUAAAUGUCGAGGACGAUUCACCCUUCACCAUCGUUUACCUUUUAUCCGAAAUUCCUUAA